CUGAAUGAGCUGACUCCAGCGACAGUGAGCGGCGGGAGUCUAACGUUAGUAGUGAGAUAAACAUUAACAUCAGCGAUGUUGACCUGUUUUAGCGCCGAGUUAAACUGAUUAUAAAGCCUUAUAGACAUUAAUUCCGCGUAUUACAGAAAACAGACGUGGUUUAACAGUUAAGAAGUUCUUCAUGUAAGCUCGCUGUCCUGAUGCAGGCGGUGGAGGAAACCGAGUCCUCCCUCUCUGACAGAGUAGAGCUGAUGGCCGUGAGGGAGGAGGACAAAGCAAAGGGAGAGGAGGGAGAGAAGGACAAAGGAGGAGGUGAAGGAGCAGCUGAGAAUGCUGCGGAGACCAUGGGCGAUGAUGAAAAAGAAGGUGAGCAGAAAGAAAAUGAAGAGAAGAAGGAGGGAGAGAAGGAGGAUGAAGAGAUGAACGGAGGCGUGCAGGCGCAGCAGGAGGAGGAGGACUGGGAGAUCCCUUACAGCGACGAGGAGAUGGAGGACCCUAAGAACUGGAUGCCUCCGCCCGAGGAGAUCAAGCGGCUGUACGAGCUGCUGGCUAAAGGAGAAAUCCUGGAGCUGAAGUGGGUUCCUCUCCCUCGAAGACCACCCACUCCUCCACGCACCCCUUCACCAGAGAGAGACGGAGAGGACUCCCAGGAGGCCAAACAGGAGGAGAACCAGCGCAAGGCUCCAACACCGACCGAGUUCGACUUUGAUGAAGAGCAAACCAUGGCGACUCCAAAGAACGCCUUCCUCAGCCGACGCAGGACGCCAGGCUCAUCCGCCCGCUCUACAGUGAAGCGCGAGGCGCGGCUGGACAAGGUUCUCUCCGACAUGAAGCGGCACCGGAAGAUCGAGGAGCAGAUCCUGCGGACGGGUCGCGACCUCUUCAAGAGCGACAAGCCGCCCGCCAGGCCGGCCCCGCCGGAGCGCUUAUCGCCCACCAGCCAGAGAGAGAGAGAGAAGGAGAGAGAGAGAGACAGCGACCCCAGCACCGUCUUCAGCCCCAGGCAGAGGAGAUACUGAGGAGCCAUACGGACAUUUGAGGGCGGACCCCCGUUUUCUGUGGGGGGUCUUUUGCCUGUGACUUAAUUUAAUUUUUAACAACGGAAAUUUGAUGUUCUUGAUGUUUUUUUUUUACUACCAACUGUAAAUGUGUGUCUGUGUUAAUGUGUGAAAGAGAGAGAACGUUCUCACUAGAAUAAAUGUUCUGUCCCGAUGAG